AUGUCUAGGAAGUUAGAUGAAAGAUUACCCGGUCAGUUUGCAGCUAACACCCAACCUAACCCGAAUGCUCAUGUAAAAGCCAUUACCACUCGUAGUGGCAGAACCGUAGGGAACCCGAGCGUAGAAGAGAGAGAGGUUGAUGAGGAUGGAGACAUUAUAGAUGAAGUGAUAGAGAUGGAGGCUCCCGGCAAAGUGCAAAAGAGGCUAAGCCCAGCAAGUACCGCACAGCCCGGUGAAUCUCAAAGUGAGAAGAAAGUUGAGAAAAAGCCCAUAGACGUUAGACCUUCACCCUAUGUGAAUCAUGCGUAUGCUCCGUUUCCCUCGCGCCUUAAGAAUCAAAAAUACUCAAGGGAAUACGGGCAGUUCUUAGAUAUCUUCAAGCAAUUGAAGAUUAAUCUUCCGUUUAUAGAGGCACUCCAGUCCAUGCCAAAAUAUGCAAAAUUUUUGAAGGACCUUCUUAGGAAUAAGGAGAAAUUAGGUGAGUUGUCUAAUGUCCCAUUGCAUGGAGGGUGUUCGGCCAUCGUUUCAAAUAAGUUGCCCGGAAAGCUUACCGAUCCCGGUGUGUUCACUAUUCCUUGUCUAUUCGGUAGUAACACGAACACUAGAGCCUUAGCCGACCUAGGUGCUAGCAUUAAUUUGAUGCCCUUUUCGCUUUACGAGAAGCUAGAUUUAGGCGAGCUUUCACCUACUCGAAUGACAUUGUCCUUAGCUGAUAGGUCCGUGAAACACCCGAGGGGAAUAGUUGAGAAUUUGCUUGUUAAGGUGAUAAGUUUGUUUUUCCGGCCGAUUUCGUUAUUCUAG